UCGUUCGCAAGUACUUUUCAACGUUCAGUGUUUCUCUCUAAGUUGUGGUAGGGGGUUUUGCCAAACAUUAUAGUACUAAUCUGCUUGUCGAAUAUCAGCACACCCAGUGAUUUACUCUUUCGCAGAAUAUUAGGUAAAAUAUGAUCACUAAGCUCCUGAUUUACGUUCAGCUCAGGUAUCUACCUACCUAGGUAAGUAAACAAAUCUUCUGACACGUGAUAUUGCUCGCUUGGACGCGGGGUACAUUGUGGGGUAAUUUAGAAGCUCCUUCCCAUCCCUUCGUCCAACCCUCAACAUCUACAACUCCAUAUCCACUAGUAUCACCUCACAGAAUUCGAAACGUAUACAGCACGCCUUCAAGAUGUCUUCCGAAAGACCUCUUCCCAUCCGCGUCGCCCAAACACUGGGGAUAACAUCCUCCCUUAUGCUCUCUGGCCUCACUAUUUCCACAUCCCUGACCACUAUUCCCCGCCUCCUCGAAUCCCCACCUUCUCUGCUGCUCCAGCAAUGGGGAAACAUGUACAAACGCGGCGCCAAAAUCGGCCCCCCAGUCUCCCUCCUCGCCAGCACAAGUUUCUUCUACCUCGCGUACAAAGCCCACGUAUCACCCUCCCUCUUCGACGGCAUCUCCAACGGCACAAACAUCGCCGCCUCCUCCUCCUCCUCGCUCCCAAAUAAAGUCGUAGCAUACAUCCUAGCCGGCGUGCUCAGUAUAGGCAUCGUGCCAUAUACGUUUGCGGUGCUGAUGCCUACUAAUAAGGAGCUGUUGAGGAAGGUGGAGGUGCUGGGGAAGGUGGAGUUGAGUGGCGAGGAGGAGGCGGAGAUGAAGGAGGCGGAGAGGAGUGCGCAUCAGCUUGUGGAUUGGUGGGGGGUGUUGAAUUUGGGGAGGGGGGUUAUGUUGGCUGUAAGUGGGGUUGUUGGGGUUUGGACUUCGUUGGGGUAAGUAAUGUGUGUAAGAAAGAAAGGGUGUGUGGAUUUGUAUGAUUGUUGUAUGGAGGUGUUUGAAUAGCAAGGUCAGGCUUGAGGACGAUGAGGGUUUGAAUUGGACAAAGGCGUUGGGCUAUUGGCGUUAUGUUGGAUGAUGCGAAUGGAGUCUAACUUUUGGCCUCGAGGUCAAUGGAUGAAGCAGAUCAUGAACAGAAACUGUAAAGGGACAAUGUCAUUGCUGAUACACGAAA